AUGGCGCAGAAGCUGCGGGAGGGCCACGGCCUUGAGAUAGAGAGCGCCGUCAACGACAUGCUCGGCACCAUUGUUGCCUUCGAGAUCUCCCCCCACGUGCUCGGGGUGACGGAGAGCGAGAUCAUCAAGGUGAAGGCGCACUACAAUUGGUCGAUGUACCAGGCCCUGCUCAACGCCACCAAGCAGUCCCUGCGGGCCAUGAAGCUGCGCCUCUCCUCGCACGACCGGCGGGGCCGCGGCGGCCUGCCGCCCGCCUUCUUCGAGGUCGACCUGGAGCUCGAGCCCCUCGGCGUGCGGAUGGUGCCGUCGGUGGAGGACAUCCAGGACGCGAUUAACCGUGGCGCGAACGCCGUCCUGAAGUGCUCCAAGCUCAUCGAGGCAUGGGACACGGUGACGAUCCCCAAGAACGUCCAGCUGCUCCUCAACCCGAACCUGCCGCCGGUCAAGGGCACGGGCUCGCAGGGGCUCUUCUACGACCGUAUCGCCAAGGACAGGGAGAUCCUGAAGGUCGUCCUGCUGCUCACAGGCAGCAUCCAGUCCGCGAAGAGCCAGUGCAGCCAAUACCUCGAGAAGUUCUCGGAGUACCAGUGGUGCUGGAGCUCCAACAUCCAGGAUGACUACAGGAAGUUCAAGGACUCGGGGCCCAGCCUGGACGAGUUCGAGGCGAAGCUGCGCUACUUCGUGCAGGUGGAGGAGCAGGUCGACAGGAUUGGCGGGCAGAGCCAGAUCUCCGCCCUGAUGCUGCUGACGGGCAACCUCUCACGGAGCCUCAAAGAGCUCGCGGUCAAGUGGAAGGAGUCCUACGCGGGCCAGCUUCACAAGGAGGCGUUCUCGAAGCUGGAGGGCGUCAGCGAGAUCGUCAAGUCCACCCGCAAGCGGCUGCUGCGCGAGGUGGGCGACAGCGACAUAGACGCCCUGGCCGACGUGAUGACAACGCUCCAGGACGUGCGCGCCAAGACGAGCGAGAUCGAGCUCGAGUUCACGCCCAUCGAGCACAUGUAUCGCAUCCUGGACGAGCACUUGCCCCACCUCAUGGACAAGGAUUCCGACCGGGCAGCCUGUGGGAUCUAG